GGAGAUUCCGAGGCUUACCAUGCAUUGGACAUUUCCUCCUGUGCGUUUAUGAAGCAGCUAGCUGCAGUUCUUCACUAGUCUGUGACAAUGGGCACACAGGAAAAAUCUGAGCUCUGCUUUCCACAACUCUUCAACAUGUCCUGCAAAAAGCCUGCAAUUGCUCGGUCCAAAGCUGUGUUCCUUCAUAUUGUAUUGUCCUCAGUUUCUUUUCUGACGGUGGCUCUCAACUUGCUUGUCAUCAUCUCAGUCUCCCACUUCAGGCAGCUCCACACACCCACUAACAUCCUGCUCCUCUCUCUGGCUGUCUCAGACUUUCUUGUUGGCCUCCUAUUGUCACCUGCAGAAAUCCUCCGAAGUACAGCCUGUUGGUUUCUUGGUCAGCUCACAUGUUUAAUGUAUAUUUUUGUGUCCUUGACUGUUACCUCUGCCUCAGUGGGCAUUAUGGUGCUGAUAUCAGCUGACCGCUAUGUGGCUAUUUGUGACCCUUUGAAUUACCCCAUCAGGAUCACUGACAGAAGAGUUCAACUCUGUGUUUGUCUGUGUUGGCUCUGCUCCAUUGCCUUCAGCUGUUUCCUUGUAAGAGAUGACCUGCAUCAAACAAGAAAACAAAAUUCCUGCUAUGGAAAAUGUGUAGUUGUUGUUCAAUACAUUGCAGGAGUUGUUGACCUCAUUUUAACCUUCAUUGUACCAGUUAGUGUCAUCAUAGUUCUGUAUAUGAGAGUAUUUGUGGUGGCUGUGUCUCAGGCCCGUGCUAUGCGCUCUCAUGUUACAGCUGUCACAAGUCACCUUCCAGUGACUCUAACAAAAAAGUCUGAACUAAAAGCAGCCAGGACUCUGGGUGUUCUUGUUCUUGUGUUUCUAAUGUGUUUCUGCCCUUAUUACUGUGUUUCUCUUGUAGGAGAAGAAUUCAUCAAUAGUUCAUCUGCUUCUUUUGUGGCCUAUCUGUUUGGUUUAAACUCAUGUCUAAACCCUUUGAUCUAUGCUAUGUUCUACCCCUGGUUUAGAAAAGCUGUGAAACUAGUUGUCACUCUACAGAUACUGCAGCCUGGCUCCUGUGAGACAGCUCCACACACCCACUAACAUCCUCCUCCUCUCUCUGGCUGUCUCAGACUUUCUCAUUGGUCUGUUGUUGAUGCCGGCAAAAAUCCUACGAGACACAGCUUGUUGGUUUCUUGGUCAGCUCACAUGUUUAAUAUAUAAUUAUAUAUGCUUCAUUAUUACCUCUGCCUCAGUGGGCAUUAUGGUGCUGAUAUCAGUCGACCGCUAUGUGGCUAUUUGUGACCCUCUGCAUUACCCCACCAGAAUCACUGACAGAAGAGUGAAACUUUGC